CAGCACCUAUGGGAGGCCUGUAAUCUGCCAGCAACCUAUGACAAAAUGGAAACCAGCAGGAGUGUGAGGAGACCUGAAAGUGGCACAUGAAAGUGGCACAUGGCAGAGUGGGAGCAAUGGGAGGCGGGUACAGGGACCCAUGUCACACUGUGGACCCAGCAGCAGCGUGACCAGGCGGUACGGGGGCCCAUGGCAGAUUUGGGGCCUGGCAGCACCUAUGGGAGGCCUGUAAUCUGCCAGCAACCUAUGACAAAAUGGAAACCAGCAGGAGUGUGAGGAGACCUGAAAGUGGCACCCAUGACACACUGUGGACCCAGCAGCAGCGUGAC